AUGAAGUUUCAUACUUAUCAUAAUCAUGAACCUAGAAGAUUGAAAUCCAAUCUCAUUUCAGAUAAUCAUCCUUUUAUCAUAUCUAAUCGUAAUGUUGUUUCACGUGAUUGUAGUUUAAUCAACACAGAAUCAUCUAUGAAUCCGAAUGAAUCAUCCACUGUCAAUGAUCAUUUCAAAUACAACAUGUUACCUUAUCAUGUGGAUCUUCCAAAUAUUUGCUAUGAAUUAGGUGACGGUUCUGAUAAAGAAGUAGAACGUAUUGAACAUUAUUAUGGUGGUCGAUUGAGAGCACAACGUGCAGCAAGAAUUAUUCAAAACGCUUAUAGAGACUAUCGUUUGAGAGCAGAAUAUGCACGACUAAGAUUUGUCAAAGGUAAUAAUCGUAACACUGAGGUGCAAACCUCAGAGGUUACUGUUCAAAAUAAAGACAAAUCUAAUCAGUUAUCAAUGGAUGACAGUAGUGGAAGAAGUUGUCUAAAGUCUGGUCGCUUGUAUGAUGUAGAUGAUCUAGUUAUUGAUCGGGCAUAUAUGGAUUGGUCUCUGGAGGCUACUGUCAAUGAAAUUGAAUCGAAUAACUCAUUGCUGGAUGGUACAUAUCUAGCGGAUGACAAAGAUGCCAAGUACUGUUCUCAGUGGCAACAAUCUCAUACGAAAUCUGUCUCACAAUCUCCUGACGUUUCUAAUAUUAUGAGUAACAAGUACUUAUCUCCUGAUAUUGUCGAGUCACAUGUAAAUAAAAAGGAUUUCUCACGAUCUUCAGUACCUAAUUCAUCAGUGCAAUUUGACAACAACAUCCAAUCAUCUAGGCGAAAUAUUGAGAAUAAUUCAGGUAGACAGCUAACUAAUCUUCAAACACAAUUAAACAGUCCUCCAUUGCAUAAUUUCAAUCCAUAUUUAAAAUUGAAUGUGAACAAUUCGUGUGAAGGUUGUUGUUGCUGUUGUUGUAGUUCUCAUCAGACUAAUUUUAACCAUUACGUUUGUAAUGAAAGCAUUCCUAAAGCACAAGUACUUUCUCCGACUGAAAUAGAUUCUUCCACGCACAAUGGACAUUGUUUUCAAAAAUGCUGUUUACCCACCCGGAUACCGAAUCAUCGAAGUAUUCAAAACACCUGUCCAUAUUGCAUGUGUUUCCCUACCAUGGGCUCUAUUACAUCCAAUAAAUCUCCAACUUUGGUUUGUUUACCUGCCUCCCGGAAUACCACUAUGGUUCCUCCGUGCAAUAGUAACCCAUGUCCAGCAGUUAUAUCUUAUCCUAUUAGUAAAGUAUGCAAAACACCACCGUCUAUAGUUCCAUCUUGUCCGCCUUUGAACACUGGAUUAUUACACUUCAAUUCAAGGCAUAUAAUGCCAACAACAGCCUCAUUGAUUGUCCCUACACAACAAAUGGAAUCUUUAAAAUUAAAUAAUAAUAAUAAUAGUACUAAUAAUAAUGAGUCAUUUCAACGACAUCAUCCAAAUCAUAUGUCUUGUCGAAAUCAAUGUCCACAUAUUGAUCCUACAAAUUCGUGUCGUUUACGCCUACAUCAUUCCUAUUUUCCAUACACUAUACCAAAUCAGGCAAUUCCAUCGUCUUUGGUUAAUCCUUAUGGCUUCAAAAAUCCAUGUCUAAUAAGGAUACCCAGUGCUCAAGAGAAACGCAGAAAACGAACUUAUCGUAUAGGCUUAAAUAUAUUUAACAAAUCCCCUGUAAAAGGCAUUGAUUUCCUUAUAAAAAAUGGAUUUUUGGAAAAUUCUCCUCAAUUGGUUGCACGUUUUCUGCUUACUCGUAAAGGCCUGAGUCGUGUUGCAAUAGGUGAUUACCUGGGGAAUACAAAAAAUGAACUGGCUAAAUUGACAACACAGCAGUUUAUUCGAGAAUUAGAUUUUCGUAAUCAAGAGGUUGAUGAAGCACUGCGUUUACUUCUGAGCUGUUUUCGUACACCGGGUGAAUCACAGAAAAUAGUUCAUUUGUUGAAUGAAUUUCAAACAGCCUAUGUUGAACAAAAUGCAACACGUGUGAAAACACAAUUUCGUAGUUCAGACACUGUAAUGAUUUUAGCCUAUGCUAUCGUUAUGCUGCAUACUGAUAUGUACAGUCCAAAUGUUCGCCAACAAUCAAAAAUGACACGAGAUGAAUUUAUCAGGAAUUUACGUGGUGUAGACUCUGGUGAAGAUUUAGAUCGCGAUUUACUAAUUGGCAUAUACAAUCGAAUGAAAUCAAAGGAAAUGUCUGUUCAGUCAGAUCAUACUGAUCAAGUGCGUAAAAUACAACAACAUCUCACUGGCCCCUUGAAACCGCUGAAUCUUUCAGUACCUCAAAGAAGAUUAGUAUGUUACUGUCGACUGUAUGAGGUACCAGAUAAAAAUAAACGUGAACGUUCUGGUGCACAUCAACGUGAAUUAUUCCUUUUCAAUGAUCUCCUACUAAUAACUAAAGCUGUUCAAAAACGACGUAAAGAUGCAGCUGUCGCCUAUCAAGUACGCAUGACAAUUCAACUGCUCGGCGUAAAAUUAGUACCAUUUGAAACUAUUCAUCAUACAAAUGGUUUAGAAUUAUUACUACCACUAGGACAGACAACACAGAGUAUAGAUUCACAGAAGGAUAACAACAGUAUUAUUGUUGAAACGCCAAAUGGUCGAGCACGUAUUCUCGCCACCUUCAAUACUAAAACUGCUUCUGAUCGAGCACGACUAAUGGAAGAUUUACAAGAAUGUAUUCUAGAAGUUACAGAAAUGGAACGUCUACGAAUGGAGGAGAUAUCAAAACAGAAAUAUAAUCAUACACAUCAUCAUCAUCAUUGCUACAAAUCGCGAGUAGAUGGAGGACAACUCACGAAAUGUGACAGUGGUGGUGGUGGUGGUCAUUUGAUCUUGGAUAAGUCGAGUUCAUCGUUUGACUCCAGUACUAGUGUUCAUAAUGAGAAAUCAGUGGGUCAUCAUAAAUAUGACUGUAAUGCUGCUAAUAAUCCCUUACAUAUGUGUGCACCAAUAACAUGUUUAACAAAUUCUACAGAUUUAAAUGAUGCAGAGCAUAGCAAACACAUUGUCAUCAAUACAAAUCUCAAGAUGGUCAACGAUUAA